UCUCACUCUCGAUCUGGCGAAUAGUCAGUGGAUGGCAAAGUGAGCCUGGGAUCGCCGCACGUUGCCGCAGGUUUCUUGUCGCCCUCCUCGGCUUCAAGAUCAAUCACAACAGUUUUGGUCGCCUUGCCCAGAAUCAGCCGCAGAUCCCCCAAGAGUAAAUCAUUCAAUACGCACUGUUCGUCGAAAACCUGAGCCUCGUAAUGCCCAUGAUACGCCGACUUGCCCUUGUGCAGCAAAACUCCGCGCAGCUCGUACAUCGCCUGCUGCGGCUUGAACCCUCCGUGUAUAAAACGGGACAUGUCCAGGUUCGUGGGAAACUGGAUCGUGUUCUUCGAUUUCCGACGUUCCUCGCUCGAAACGUCGUACUGGAACCGAAGCAGAGAGAAGUGGAGAACGGGCGGGAGCUGACGGAGCUCGACCCUCCGGAUCGCGUCCUGGAGGCUGUCGCAUUUGGAACAAUGGUAUCUGCAAAUCGAUGAGAUGUAGUACGAUUGACCCUGAUGACACUCGCGCACUUAUUAUCGUCCGUCAGGGACUCUUCUCGGAGAAGAUCUGCGAUGCUAUCCUCCAGUUUCGCAUUGUUCUAUGAAAUGGAAUCCCUGCAGUCAAA